AUGGCCCCUCAAGGAGGCGAUGUCGGCCUCAGUUGCAGCACUAGCGGUGGCGUGGCGGGCCGGGGUGCUCUCGGCCCCUUUGGCCUGCUCGUGCUCGCCGACGCCAGGCACCAUGGCAGGGACACGGAGUGUAUUGCCAUCAUCUUCUACGUCGGCAGAGGCCUCGACAGCGGCUUGCACACGCACAUCUGCCAGGACGAUACACACUCAUCCCACGCCAAUGACAUCGUCAAGAGGGUCAUCAGGAAUUUCGUGCCAGUGCUCGACGAUGAGGAGCUAUCCAUUAGAGUGCUGCUGGAUCAUUCCAUUGUCGAGAACCUCGCGAUGGGUGGGAAGUCGACCGUGAUGUCAAGAGUGUACCCGACCAAGGCCAUCUACGCCAACGCCAGCGUGUACCUCUUCAACAACGCCACCAGAGCCCGGACCACUGCCACCAGCCUCGUCGUUCAUGAGAUGGACUCCUACAACAGGCCUACACAGCUUCACUGCAAAAAGGAAACAAAGAUUCUAUAUCGAGGAGCUUCAACUUCGCAUCUGGUUGCUCAUGGACACCAUUUGUUUACGUGA